CAUGCAUGGCGUCAGCUCCAAAUCAGAGCUUCAAUUGCUUGUGGCUCUCUUUCCAUUAGGAAACUCCACCACAUACACACGGCCCACACGCCGUGACAAAACGAAGGAAGAACAAUCUGGAUUCCAGAAGUUCCAGACCCACCUCCCGGAUUUUUAUACAGAACCCCUGAAAGCCUGCAGAGCACAAGUCAAGCUCUCGGAUUUCCUAAUUGCUAUCCCAUUCAUCGAAUUCCGCUCGACAUGGUUCUCCAGGUAUGGAUGGUGGGGGAGAAUGGAGAGGACCUCGAGAACGCCAAGGAGUUCCUGCCCCUCUCCAAGCUAGAAGAGAUUGGUGUGUUAUAUUGGCAUUUGGAUCCAAAGAAGUCUGAAGCUGAAGAAGAGCUAAUGAAAAUCCGCAAAGACAGAGGAUACAGCUACAUGGAUCUUCUCGAAAUAUGCCCUGAUAAGUUGGAAAACUAUGAGGAGAAGCUGAAGAACUUCUUCCGAGAGCACAUGCACGCAGACGAAGAGAUCCGCUAUUGCUUGGAAGGUGGGGGGUACUUUGAUGUCCGUGACAAGGAUGACAAAUGGAUUCGGAUUUGGAUAAAAGAAGGAGAUAUGAUCAUCUUGCCCGCCGGAAUUUAUCAUCGCUUCACCCUUGACGGUGCUAACCGCGUGAAGCUCAUGAGGCUCUUCAUUGGGGAACCAGUCUGGACUGCGCACAACCGGCCUCAGGAGGACCAUCCAGUGCGUCAAGAGUAUGUCAAGAAUCUGACGGACAAUACUGGUCUUGCUCUCGCAGCACACUGAAGUUUGCUAUCUGGGGGUUCGCCACUCAGCUAUAUAUUAUAACUAGCUCAGACACAUUACACUAUACACAUGGAUGAAAUCAUGCAGUGUUACCACAAAUCAUGAAACCAUAUUGAUAUGCUACUGAUUAUUACUUAUACAUAGAAUUAUUGCCUGUGGUACUAUGUCA